CCAAAUUCUGUAUGCGGCGCCUCACCUCUAGCUGAUCAAACGAGUCAAUAAACGGACCAUGGUGAGGAAAAUGGGAAGCAGACUAACCUCACCACCCCCACUCGAACUCACAGGUUCUGUGUAUGCUUUUGCUCACAUGCUUGUUCGCUCUGCUCCUUGGAAUCUGCCUUUUCAUUGGGACUCUUUUACAGUGGUCAUACCCGUCACAGACAUCUACACCCCACGCAACCAUGACCCGAUGUCUUCCAGCUCUCUGUCUCAUAUUCAGCCUGCUGUUGGUAGUACAUGCCCAGUCCGCCUCGCCGAUCGGGCCCGUCACCUCGCGUCCGUUGAUCACCAACCCUCUGACGAUCCUAUCGACUCUUGGUCCAGCCAACGCUACUUCCUUGCCUGGAACGGAAAAUACAUCCACAUCGACCAGCACCGUUACCUCGUACAGCACUGACACCGUCACACCAAGCUCGACAGGCAGCUUUAUUACGCCCACCCUGAGUACUGUCACCGUCAGCCCAACUCAAUCCAGUGCUGCUGUUACGAAUGCCAUGGGAAUCCCGGCUUCGCGAGGUGCAAUCGCGGCUGCAGCUGUCGUUGUGCUCGGCGGCGUCGCCUUCGGGGGAGGUUUGUUGAUCUAAAAGGGCCUUCCGAUCGGCAUUCUCUUUCGCUUAAUGCAGAUGGGAAAUUGUGAAUGUCGGCAUGGUUU